AUGGCUUCCAAGGAGGACUUCGAGAAGGCUGGCGCCGCCCCCAAGGUGCACAAGAUCCGCAUCACCCUCACCUCGCGCAACGUGAAGAACCUCGAGAAGUUCUCGGCGGACCUCAUCAACCGCGCCAAGGACCGUGACCUCCGCGUCAAGGGCCCCGUCCGCCUCCCCACCAAGUUCCUCAAGCACACCACCCGCAAGUCGCCCUGUGGUGAGGGUUCCAAGACCUGGGACCGCUUCGAGAUGCGCAUCCACAAGCGCCUCAUCGACCUCACCUCGUCGGCCGAGGUCGUCAAGCAGAUCACCUCGAUCUCGCUCGAGCCCGGAGUUGAGGUUGAGGUUACCAUUGCCGCUUAA